GCCAGGGCCAGCGGGCAGACUGGCAGAGCCGAGCACUGCAGCAGAGAGUCUGCCUCCCCUCCCCUAUUAAUAAGGCGCCGUGCGCGUGCUGGCCACCUCACCACCCCCGCACACACCGCACCAACCCGCGAUCCCAAAGUCCAACCGGCCGCCGCCGCCUCUCCUCGCCUGCGAGAUCAGCGCCGCCUUCUCCCCCGUCUGUUUCGUCGGAGGAGCAUCAGCAAAAUGUCAACUGCCACUGCUCCAGGAGUGUCCUUUGCUAAAUCCGGGGCUGGUUCCCGGGCCGUUGCUCCGGCGAUCAGGAGCGCUUUCUUCGUUGGUUACACCAAGCAAACACCAAACUUGUCAGGCCUAAGGAUGUCAAACAAGUUCAGGGUGUCUGCCACGGCCGUGCACAAGGUGAAGCUCAUAGGCCCGGACGGAGAAGAGCACGAGUUUGAGGCCCCUGAAGACACCUACAUUCUCGAGGCAGCUGAAACUGCCGGAGUGGAGCUGCCAUUCUCUUGCCGCGCCGGAUCGUGCUCCACAUGCGCGGGCAAGAUGACGACCGGGGAGGUCGAUCAGUCGGAGGGCUCCUUCCUCGAUGAGAGCCAGAUGGGUGAGGGAUACCUUCUGACCUGCAUUUCAUACCCCAAGGCGGAUUGCGUCAUUCAAACCCACCAAGAGGAGGAACUCUACUAAUUGGCUCACAUGUGCUUGUGUGGCGCAAUUGUUGAAGUUCAUGGUGAAUUCGUUGUUCGGUUGCCUUCUGUUAUUAUCUAGAGAGAUGGCUAGGUGGGUGCAUCUUCCUGGCAAUCAGUCCGGUCUUUUGAUGAGAUCGUUCUAUAUGAGUUGUGACAAUAAUUGAUGUAAAAUGGUUUGUCAAUCCAAACUGCAUCUGUUCAGAUUGCAGCAAUUCGAACUACCAUACACUGUUGGAAGUCUUGAAAA